ACUCUAGAAUUAGAAGGGGAAGAUUUGGAGAAGGAAAACACUAGCUAUUAUUGUUGUAUAGCAGCAUAGAUAAAUAUCUUCUAAAAAAAUUGGGUUUAACAACUUGUAGUUCAUGUUUUGGUGCAGGGUCUGGAUGGAUGUUUUAUUUUGUAAUAUUCAUUCAAACAGCUAUCAACACCGGGAUUGGAAUAGGAGCAAUUUUGCUUGCAGGGCAAUGCCUCCAGAUCAUGUACUCAAACCUUGCUCCCAGUGGAUCCUUGAAGCUGUAUGAGUUUAUUGCAAUGGUGACUGUGGUGAUGAUACUUCUGUCUCAAUUUCCAACCUUUCAUUCCCUCAGGCACAUCAACCUGGUGUCACUCCUUCUGAGCUUAGGCUACACUUUCCUUGUCGUCGGUGCUUGUAUACAUGCAGUCUACUCCACGAAGUCAUCAGGGCUAAUUAGAGUAAUAUGUUUGUGGUGGGGAAUCAUUAAAUGGUUGGCCCGCCAGUCCUGAUUAUUGCUUCCUCCUCCUAUAUCCUGAAGUAGAAUCUCAAUUAUUAUAUUUAGGGAUUUUGCUGACAAGCCAGCAUGUGAAUAAAUCAAUGCCGGUUUCUCUUGAAUAAAUUUCAGUAUUGAGC